CUAGUUAUUGUUGUAGUACUUUUUGGUGCUGGCGGUUAUUGUACAGCCAUGAAUGGCAUGAAAAGAAAUUGGGGAAAAGUGCGUGCAAAGAAAACGCUGAAUUAUGGAAAAGCUUAGAAAAUGUGCGAAAAAUGCGAAAUAAAAACAAAAUAAUUAUGUGAAAACAGUGCACAGUUGCAAGGAUAUAUUUAUGCAAUGAAAUUUAUUGUAAUUUAGUGAAAAUUGCGGCAAAGUAAGCGCAAAAGAAAGUGCGGGUGUGCCACCCAAGUAGGGUGUAUGAGCGGCGAGCCGCCAAACUGGCGCUGCUUAAAUAGAAAUACACGAAAAAUGUGCAAGGAGAGUGUGCGCCAAGUGUGUGAAGUGGCUAAGGUGAGCUUAAAGACGUUAAAAAAUUGUUAAAUUGAUGAAGAAAGCAUAUGAGUAUUAACAUUUUUCUAAAAAAAAAAAAAAGUUUGCUUUUUCAACACUUUUUGGCUACAUAUAGCUGUCAAAACUCCAGCGAGUGACACUUUCUUGACGCAUAAAAUAGUGCUCCCAUUCUCGCACAACGGUUUUUAUGCGAGAUAUUCGCUAACUGUACUUUGUAGUUGUGCUACUCUAAUUUAGACAAGUUGGCAACCGUGUGCGAAAAAUAACGAGUUAUAGCAGUGAAAAAAUCUAAUCAAUAAGGAGUAAAAAAAUAAGCGACUACCGAGCUCAACUAGAAAUAUUGCGGUGGUGUAACGAGUGCGCUCACACCAAAACCAAAUAUGCGAGCCGGCGCACUAAUUGUCAAUGCUUGCGCUCUCAUACUAUGCUAUGCGCUCUCUCGCUAUUUUGCGCUCGCCGUGGGCGCGUGUCCAUAGUGACAGCGUUUACCGCUAUAACUUCAGUUGAGUAACGGUUAUUGGUGCUGUUUGUGAGUUAGCCAGUAGUAGCUUAGUAAGUCAGUACACUUUAACGGUAUUUGCCAGUUGCGCUACGACACAGUGUUUCGCGUUCGUAUUCGUUGCUUGAACGCUCCGGUGUGCUGUUCUCAACGACGCGCGUUGGGUAACGGUUGUGUGUGAAAUAAAGCGACGCGUUUACAAAUUUUCAACAAUUUGUGUGGAGUUAUUGAAAAAUUAAAUUUUACAAAAUGGCUCAAAAAGUGAAGUGGAAGCAAAAAUGUUACUAGUUACUAGAAUAUUUUCUACAACAAAGAUAUCAAUUAGCUUUUAAAGUUACGGAUAUAAGUGGGUUCCUUGCUGCAUGAUUUAACACUUUGUGUGCAUAAAAUUGUAAGUUAACUGUAGUGAGUGCUUAAAGAUAGUUAAAAAGCUAAAAAUAGUUAAAGGUUAAAAAUUUCUAAAGCGUUUUAUUGAAAUAUUUAUUCGUGUAUUCGAAAAUUUGGAAAAAAUAACUAUUAAUGAAUAAAAAAAAUUGCGGCGCGCCUGAAAGUAUGCAAAAUUCAUAAAACCCUUUUUUUAACAUACUUUAGGCGCCUAAAAGGCAGCUACAUUGCGGUUAACUUGUGCUGAAAAUAAACUAUACUACGCGACUGAAAGUAUGCAAACCAUUUUUAGGCUAAAGCCAUAUUUUGAAGUAAUUAAGACUAGGCGCCUGAAAGUCUGCUACAUAGCAGUUUAAUUUGUGCAAGUAACUGCUGCUGCUUAAAAAUAUCGCAACGCGCUGGAAAUAUUACCUUUAACCAACGCUUUUUUUGAAGCACUUAGUGCUAGGCGCCUAAAAUCUUGCUACGUAGCGCGCUAAAAGUGUACAUCCAACGAUUGCACAGGACCCAAGCGCAAAAGGUUUACCAACCAGCAAUCAAGAAAGCAUAAAAACUAUAAUAAGUGAAUAUUCAAUAAAAAAAAUGGAAAUUAAGCAAACCUAUUACGGUCAGCAGUGAGCGCCAGAGAAGCACAUUUCUCUUCCCUCACCCACACUAAACCGUGCGCCGAUGGAAAUUGAUGAGAAUUUCCGAGUAGCAAUGCGAUUGCCGCCAGCUUCUGCAAGUGUCAUUGCAAUUAAAAGCGCCUAAUUGCGCUAAAAUGAGGCAGCAAGCAACAACAACAAUAAUAUUAACAACAAUUUCAGUGGGUGUGUCAGAGGAGUAGUGUAAAAAUACAAAGUAGAAAACAGCAAAUGCAAUUUAAAGUGACUAAAAACGUGCAAAACACAACAAAAAGCGAAGGACUUACAUAAACGAAGCAAGAAGAAGAAGAAGAGGACGAAGAAGAGAAAGAAGUAGAAGUAGAAAGAAGUGUAGUCAUAUCAGCCAGCUUGGCCGCCAGUUGAGCUGUAAUAACGGCGCUGGAGACGUGUAGACGCCAUGUUGCGGCCGACAUCGUGUGGACCGGGGCCACCGUUGCCGCCACCACCUCCGCCACCGCCGCCAACGCUAUCAACUGCGGGCGGCCGCGUCAACAACAAGCGCUCACGGCUUGCGGGCAAAUGUGUUGAAACUGUGGCGCAAAAACAGCUAAAGUCAAUAGUUGUUGUGGCCGAAAGUGUGGCAGAGUCAAAAGCGAAAAUCGCAACAACAACAAGUAGUCGAGUCGCAGCAGCUGCCGAGCGCUUGGCUGCCAAUACUGCGGCUGAGCGAACUGAAGGAUUGCAGUCGGCCAAAGCUGAUGGUGAUUUUUGCAUACCAACAACAGCAACAACGGUUUUGGUUUGCACAACAACAAAUUCGAGCAAAGCGUAUACUACUGUAAUUGCUGAGUGCGCCAAACAAAACAAAAACAAUAACAAUUGGUCAAUUUUCAAAUUACCCAUGCUGCUGGCAACUGCCUGGGCAACAAUAACAACAACACUAACAGUGACCGACGCAAAAAGCGACUUUGAAAGAAAAAGCGUUGCGAAGCAAGUAAAAAAUGCGACCGGCAUGCAGACGGCAACAGUUGGCGUUGUGGACACAACAACAGAAGCAUCAGCAAAAACAACAAAAACCGAUGCAAAUGCAAAUUCGGAGUGUUCAACAACAAUGGCAGCAACAGCGCCAUCCAUAAAAUGGCUGCUUAUGUGGCUAAUGCUUUUCGGCGUAAUGGCCCAGGCGCCCCAACAUCAAGUCGCUGCCGAGAAGAGCAAACACUAUUAUAUGCAAGCUCUGUGCAAGAAUCACUUUCUGCAGCAACUUUAUCGCAAAAUCGACGGUGCUGUACUUUGGUCGCAGAACGAACGGAAUCUGGAUUGCAUCAUAACAUUCCAAACGCAUUCGAUAUUGCAACGUUUCAUGUUGCGCUUCGAUAUGUUGCAACUAGAUUGUAAUGAUCAUUUGUAUGUCUAUGAUGGAGCGCACGCUGUUGCCACACCGAAGGUUGAUAUCUCCUGCCGCAAUACCAAACAAACGGUCAGCUCUAUAUUGACACGCACAAACUUUGUCACACUCAAAUAUGUCACCGACAAUUGGGGUACAGAUGCGAAUGGUUUCAAGCUGGUCAUAACAUCGGUGAAGGAUCCAAAACACACCUGCAAUGAUUUCACCUGUGCAGCGCGUGAGUUUUGCAUAAGUCCGGAUUUACUCUGCGAUGGCAUUAAUCAUUGUGGUGACAAUUCUGAUGAAUCGGUGUGCCAAAGCGAAACAGCUGCUACGGUCUUCGGUGUCGACAUGACCUGGUUCGUGCUGAUCGUGGUUGGAAUAGUGCUGGUCUUAAGCGCCGUUAUUGUCGGUAUUUCGAUAUGCGUUUGCAGACGGCAGGAAGAGUCAAAUCUCAACCAGAAUACCGCAAUACAAAUGCAUCACACCGCCGAAACGAAUGGCUCAUCGAAGCAUUUACAUUAUCAUCAUGGCGGCACAUUGUCGCGCGAACACACACAACUGCCCCCGACGUCGGGAAACUGGCAUCACCCUGCGGGACCUUACGGGUACCACCGCAUUCUACGCAACUUAUCGAAGAUGGCCACCAAAGUCCGUCCCAUUUGGUGCUUAGCAAAUUCCGUCAAUUAGGUCAAGAUCUUUCACAUACAAAUCCGGCCGCUGCCGCCGCCGCCGCUACGGCGGGACUCAAUCAAACGAACAUUUCAGUAGCUAAUCAAAAUGCCGCCGCCGCCGCAGCGGCUGCUGCAGCUGUUGGUGCUGCACAGAAGGAUGAAUGGUUCGUUUAGGUAGAGACCGAGGUUCGAGGCUGAGCAAAAGCUUAAGUGAAGGGAUCAAUUAGACUACAGGAAAAUGUUUUACUUAACAAUUUUUUAAUUGAAACAAGGAUUUUGCAUGGCAUUAAAUGAAGACUGUACAAAAUUUAACAACAACAAAUUUAGUGGACAUCUACGCGCAGGGUGAUCGUUAAGAGAUUUAUAGUACCCAAAUCUCUUGGCGUUGAGCACGAAAAUUCUCAGCAUGUAUUUUGCAAAAGCAUGACAGAAUUUUUUUUGUCGGAUAAUCAACGCAACUUGUAUAUAAAUUAUAAAUAAAUAAUUAAUUUAAUUUAAUGUAAUUGUAAUUGAUUGAAAUUGAAGGAAAUUAUUUUUAAUGAUUAAUGAUUACAGAUAUUAUAAUGUGUAACAGUAAAAAUAUUAGCAAAAAAUGUGUAAUAACAAAUAUAGAAAACACUUAAGUAAAAAAGAUUUGUAAUUUUAAGCCUAAAAUAUAAAAUUGUAACAAAAAGUAAAAAAUCUUACGGUAAAUAGCUAAGCAGUUAGUGUUAGCCUAAGGUAUGUAUGCUCCUUUUUUUACAACCAACCAUUGAAUUAAGCGAGUAAACAAAAUAAUGAAAUUUAUAAAGAGAAAAUGUAAAAUUUUUUGAAAUAGAACUUCUUUUAUAUUAAGAUUUUAAUAGAAAGAAACUUACAUAUAUAUUUGAAAUACAAGUUUAAAUAUAAAUGAUUUUACCAGCUUAAAUCAAUAAAGAGUAAUAGAUGAUUUCUCACUUCAAUUACUUUUCUUGCAUUUUUAUCUUUCUUUUCCUUCAAUGCUUUGUUAACAACAUAACUAUUACUGUAAAGAGUAGAGUAAAAAAGAAAAAUACUGAUAACGAGUUUUCACAAAAUAUUUGGUAGCUUUUGUGGAUUGAUGUCUGCGAUAAUCACUACAAAUAAAAAUUUCUCUGUACUCAAAUUUUAAAGCUUUCAUAUAUUUUAUUUGAAAGCUGUUAAAAAAGUUGUUUAUAACUCAAAGUUUAUAUAUUCUAGCAUGCGAAAUGAUGAGCUUUCGUUUGUUCCCAUUUAUACAAGUUGGAAUUAUGAAAGCUUUCAACAACAAAAGCUCACUUCUAGAAGCUUUCGUAAAGAUGAACUUACACUGUUUCAAAUUUGGAGAAUUUGAAAUUCUGAAAGCUUUUAAUUUCAAAACUCGCUUAGCGUUUUAUAUAAAGCAGUUGAAACUCAUAAAAGCUGCUAAAUACAUGGAAACCGUUACGCCAAGAACAUAAUGUGAAUCUAAAAGGCAUCAAAACUCAAAGGAAACUGUUAAAAUGAGGCAACAAAAACUGUAGAACUGCAACGCCUAGUAAUAGGCAAUAUUCCAAUACAAAUGUAUCCAAUAGUAUUACAAGUCAAUGUCAACGGCAAUGACAUACCUAAAAAGUUACUUCCAAAAUGGGAAAUUAAAGUUUUUAGACGUAAAACAAAAGGAAAAAAAUACAACAAAAAUUCAAAACUGUAAAAUAAACGCACUUUGUGUGCAUAAAGCAGGGCAGUGCAAUAAUUAAUUAAAGCGAGGUCGUAAAAUACAGUUUGAUUUUAAUAAACUAAAUCGAUUAUAAUAAACAAAAUCUUAGCGAGAAAAAUUCCAUAACAGCUAUUAGUUAUUUUGAAAAAAAUAUAUUAAAUUAAAUAGUGCAAAACUCAAAAAUCCAUUAACAGUAGUAAAAUAAUGAGAAACUAAAGCCAUAUAAAGCAAGAAACCAGAACUCAAUUAAAUAUAAUAAUGAAAAACAACAACAACAAACAAGGGAUGUAAAUAGUUGACAAUACAGCAUAUUAUAAAUCGCAAAAAUAACACUUACUUAAAAAUACAUAAUACUAUUAAAGGAUAAUUGAUGAUAUUGAAAAGCAGUUACAAAAACAAAAUUAUUAGAAGGCAGUCAUUGAGAAUUUUAAAAAUUUUGGUUAUAGAACAUUGAAUUCAUUCAAGCAUUCAUAAUUUGUUCAAAGAUGCCUAAUUAGUUCAUAGCUCAUCAACUUGAAACUUUAAAGGCAUGAUUUUUUCUUUCUUAGACAAAAAUCGUUUAAUGAAAAUAAUAUUUUGUAAAGUCACUUCAAGCCAUGAUUAAACAUCACAUAAUGAGUAGAGCUGAAAUUUCACAAUUCAUGAAAAAUAACAUAAAAUGAUGAAUUAUAAGAGAUUUUGCGAUUCUAACACAUCAUAUCAUAAAACAUCAAAACAUCACGUGAUACAACAGCGCAUGCUUAAAAAUCAUAAGCAGAAAGUUAUAAAAAAGAAAAAAAGAAAAAGGGCUAAUAGUGCAACAUCGCUUGAAAAAAUCACGUUUUCCGUCAGUCACCAACAAAUAUCACAAGAUUCGUAGGAGCGUCACUGAGUUGCAUUUAAAGUAGGAAAGUUCGUAUUUUUUUGAAUACUACAUAUAAACUCGGCAUUUUUAUAGCUUUUGAGAUUUCAAUACAUCACAUCAUGAGAUAUCACUUGAUCAGACAUCGUAUGAUGAUCACAUCUUUAUAUAAUUUUUUAGCUUUUGAGAUUUCAAUACAUCACAUCAUGAGACAUCACUUGAUCAGACAUCGUAUUAUGAUCACAUCUUUAUAUAAUUUUUUAGCUUUUGAGAUUUCAAUACAUCACAUCAUGAGAUAUCACUUGAUCAGACAUCGUAUGAUGAUCACAUCUUCCUCAGAUUUUUAAAAUUUUUUUAACACAUCUGCCAUAAUUUUCAUAAAAAUCACUUAAUAUGACAACACUUCAAAAAAUAUAGCUAGAUGUAGUAAGAUAUCAAAUAUCAUACGGUUAUGAGAAAAAUUUCGAUUUUGAUGAUUUUAUGAUCACACAUUUAUACAUACUAUGCUCAAGAAUCGCGCGAUCAGGAAUCACAUGCAUACACAUCAUGUGAAAAUAAAAAUUAUAAAGAUUUAGCAAAUCAAAUGAUAUUAUCUUUCAUACAAAACGUCAUACCAUUUAGUAACAUCAACACAAUUCCGCAGCUCGUGGCAGCUUAAAUUGGCGCCAAAUUGUCAUAUAUAUAAAAUAUAUAUUUUAAUAUGUUGUUAUUAUAGGUUAGAACCAUUAUACCAAGCAAAACAUUAUUUUUUUAUAAAUAUUUCAAAAUUGUCAUCACGUGAUAAAAAUAUGACAUCACAUGCAACAAAUUCUGCAAGUGUGAUAGGCAUUUUUCCUACCGCUGCUCACAUUUAAACAAUUCUAGCUCAUUAUUGUACCAUAUUGUUUGCACUAGCAACUCUAAUCAUAUCACGUCACACUAUAGUCACAUCACCUGUAUAUCAAUAUCACUUAUUAUAUACGGACAUAUAUCCAGAUAUAUAAAAAGCAUUAACAACAUAUCAUUUUCAUUUUUCAUUGUCAUGUUAUGAUAUGUCAUAUCAGCAAUAAAAUUUUUUUCACAAAAAAAACAAAACUGCUCGUCACAUCACUUGCAUAUUCAAAGCGUUCCACAACAAUUUAGAAAAUAAUCACUACAAACGCCAAAAAUCAUUAAAAAAUAAAAUCAUCAAAAAUAUUUAUAAACUAACAAUAUCGUACAUACCGUUACCACAUACGACAACUUCAACUCCAACACAUUACUAACUCCGCAGCGAACCAAUCAUACUAAGUACGAGCAAAUCAAGUCCAAUCAGUCACGUCAACACCACUAAAAUAAGCAAAGGGAAAUAUGAGACACAAAAGACAAUACGAAUUCUGUUUUAAUUUUUGAUUUUAUACAAGAAAGCGUAAGCAAAAUAAAGAAAUUUAAAAAUUGUUCUGAGAACGAGAUAAACUAGACAAAUGAUGUGGCCACAUACAAAGAAAUAUACAUAUAUGUAUAAUAACUAAAAUAAACUAAAAAACGCGCUCUCCAAAACAAGCGAAAUAAAAAAUUCCACACUAAACUAUUUUCUACUAAGAACUUAUAUAAUUACUAAACAAUAUGCAUACAAAUAUUUUAAAUAAAAAAUAAUUAAAAACUCAUAAAAGAGAGUAGUUGAAAAUAAACUUGAUGAAAAUCCAAAAAAAUAUACUGGCUAAAGCUUGAAAUUAAAGAAAAUAUUAUAAAAGUAUUAUUAACUAAAAGCAAAAACAAUAAAGUUGCCACUUAGGCGCAAAAGAAUAUUCAAACAAACAUACAAAUGAAUCAACUCAAAUUUUUUGCGAUUAAAGCUUAAACGUUAGUACUUCCCGCCGUUUGAACAUUUUUUGUAAAAAACAAAAACAUAAUUAAAAUACAAAAAAUAUAUUUCAAGUGAAUUUACCUACCAAAAAUAAACACUCAAAUAACAGUACAUAGCGUUAGUUGAGAAGGCGCACACAUUUGAAAAACUUUCUUUAACUAUUUAGAUUUUUUUCGGUAAUUUAGAUGACUUACAACAUAAAAUUUAUUAAAAGUAAUAUAAAGAAAAAUAAAAUAAUAUAAACUAAAAAGCUAUUAUUACAAAAACAAAAUUAAAAAAUAACAAAUAAGUGGCAGCUUGCGCCAACAAACAGCACUUUAAAGCUGUGGUUGACUGUAAUGUUGAGUUUUGUGUGAUGUGACGAAGAAUUCUAAACAAACCUAGCUGACUUUUUUACAACAAAUGCACUAAAGUGAGGUUAAGGUGUUUUGCUUGUUUCGGUAUACUAAAUACGAAACUGCUGCUUGCACAAAAAUGUGGCAAAAACAAAAUUAGGCAACAAAUGGACAAUAUUGAAAUGAGUUAUUUACAAGUUUAAGCAAGUUUCUGUCGAACUUUUUGACAGCUGUCAGUGAUUUGUCAAUUUUCAGACUUCAAUAAAAUAUAUAUAUAAUACUUGUAGGUAUUGACAGCUGUCAUAGCAUAUUAAUUAAAGUUUACAAAUUUCAAAUUCUAAAUGUCAAUUUCUUUCAAACUUAAAAUCAGUUAAGUAUGAGCUUUCAUAAAAGCGCAAUAUCAGUUGGAUGUCAAUUUUAAGUGUAAUUAUAAAAUAAAUAAAAAUAAUAAAAUUUAUGCCUAAGAAGGAAUGAGUGAAAGAAGCUGGAAAGGUGUGAGAUUUGAGUUGCAAUUUUCGAAAGUUAAAAGCAAAACAAGAAAGUUAAAAAUUAUAAAAUCAAUAAAACAAAUUUUAAAUGAUUUUUCACUGUAUUUAGAAAACAGUUUUAAAUAUGAUAUAUACUUAGUAUUUUAUACAUAAUUUUAAAAUUUUUUUCACAAUUCCAAACAAUACUGAUAUUCUAUAACACUAAUUUGUGAAAGUCAUUUUUACUAAUUUUGGCUCAAAGUAGUGGAUUUAAACGCUAAAAAUUAAUUUAAAUACAUUUUUUAACCAAACAUUUAUUGAAAAAAGCUUAAAUUUCGUUUAAGCUUUGUUUUUUAUUAAAAUGUUAUGAAAAAAGUUUAAAAUUAAAUAAAUUUUAAAUAAAAAAGUAUUUAGAAACAGCAUCUCAAAAAAAUGUGUCUCAAAAAUUAGUAAAAGUACAGAAUUAAUUACUAAAUAUUUGUUGUAUAAAAUGUCACAAUUUUAGCCAACUACUGUUUAAAAAUGUGGGAAAAAAUUUAAAAAAGUAAUUAGUCAAAUAAAAUAUAAAUUUAUUAGCAUAAAUUUGGCAGUGAAACCCAAAACAAAUACAAAUAGUAAAACAACCGUCAACAGCAACAACAUUAGCGCAUUAAAAAAUACAUCUGGUAACGCUUAAGCGUGGUAGAACAAACUAGAGCAAGGCCGCUACUAAGAAAACUAAUGUCAUACAUACUUUGAUGAAUAUGGAAAGGUUUAGAAUGUCUUGAAAAAUAGGUUAUUUCUGCUAGUUUAAAUAAAAAUUUCUUGGAAGAAAAUGCAUAAAAAUAAAUAUUAAAUUUGAAAAUGUUUACUUUAAUUGAGGUGAUGCCUUGCUCUUAAAAAAUGUUUUAUUUUUACAAUUUUAGUUUUUACUUUUACAAACUACUACUUACUACUUUUUAUAAGUGUUGACUGUAUAAAAAACACUGCUACUUUUUUUGGCAAUACUGUCAAAGCUUUAGUAUGACAUUGAAAACUCAGUAUAAUGUUGAAGUGUGGUAACAGUAAGGGAAAGUGUGACUUUUAGACGUUCUUGGAAAUUUUCAAAGCGUAUAAUUUUUGUAAACUAAAAAUUUUUGAAUUUCCAACUUUUAAAAUUAAAAGUUAUUUGAGCUAGUUUUUUUUUAAUUUAAUUUUAAUGAAAUUUUUUUUAAUCGAGGUGAAUAUAAAGUAUGAGCUAACAAUUCGCUUUGAUUACUAAUUUUCAGCCACGGACUCUUUUAAAUAAAAUUUUUGCUUGUAAACUACAAUAAAUGUACUAAUGCAGAGAAAGAAAUAUAAAGAAUACAUUUUAAAAUAUAUAUACAUAUAUAAAUAUCACUACCGACAAAAAAGCAUUUCGUGUACUCGUCUCUCAAAUGUAUGUAUGUUUAGACAAAUGAUUAGGCAAAAUUGGACAAAAAAUAUUAUUAAAAAUUCAAAACAUAAUCAAGAAAUUUAAAAAAGGUAUGGCAAUGCUGGUAGUAGAUUAGAAGCGUACAAUUGAACAAGUGAAACAGCAAAAGCAAGUAAAAGCUUAUGAUGGCAUGUGGAACAAGUGGAACAGCUGGUAAACGUCAAAUGAUUGACAGCAAAUAGCAGUUAGAAAAUUAACUAAACUGUUUAGAAACUAAACUGCAUUAGCAACAAAAUAGUAAAGUUAAAAAAUUAAAAUUACAAAACAAAAAUAAGCUACAAUUUACAGGCAUGUAGCUUAAUUUGAACAAAAUGUAUUUGCAAACAAGAAUGGUGAUGUAAAAUUUGCUGAAAAAAGGCGAGCAAUUGCAUUUAUAUUUUUAAUUAAUAACUAUGUUACAUUUUUUAUGAAAAACUAACCAAUACAAAUGCAACUUGCAUUAGUUUAAAUUAAAACGUUAAUUUAUAACAAUUUGAGAAACUUAGUAAAAAAAAACUAAACAAUUUUCUUAAAUGCAAUUAAUUUAAAGUGAAAAAAUAAUAUUAUUUAAAAUAAUAAUGAGUAAAAUAAUUGAGAAAAAUAUCAUUAAAAAGAAAACUGCGUAGAAAUUUUAGACAUUGUUGCACAAAACAAUGUUAUAGGCGGGGCAAAAGCGGCAAAAGCAAAGCAACUACACAGGCACAUACAGCAAAUAAAGAAACAAUUAAUUAUAAAUGUGUAAGUUUGUAGUGUUAGUACACGUAACAGCAUAUUUGAUAGGUUAUAAGCAGAACGCAGGAAGGCAUGCUAGUUGAUUGGACAAUUUGUGCGCGCUAGUGUAGUUGAAUAUAAGAGACAUAGUAGAAAAAGCAGUGCGCGCACAAACAAUCGAAACAGUUAGUAGUUGGCAAGGGACAAGCACUGAUAUCGAAAACGAAAAUUAUUAGGCAAACACAGCAUAACAAGAAAAAAUAAUCAAUCAACUGUUAAUUUUAAACAAUUGUACGUGCAUUUAACAGUGCAGGCAAGUUAAGGAAUUUGUAUAGUGUGCGGGCUAAAUAUAAUUAAAUACGAUGGUAUGCAUACGGUUGAUAAUUAAAUAAAAAUAAUAAU